CUGCUGCCGCGCGCGUCCUGGCCCCGAAGGCGGCGCGGCCAGGCGCCCGGUCCCUUUUGUUUGGCGCAGAGCAGCCGUUUGCAUCACAUUUCGGACACCUCCCUCUCCUUUUCGCCUCUUCUUCUCGCUCCUGCUCACAUCCCCUCCCACCCCUUCGCCGUCUCCCCCCCCCGGGACUGUCGGCCUCUUGGACCAAAGCCCGCGGACGUCUCCACCCGAGCGAUGCCUCCUCUCCAGAAAGUUGCCGCCGCCGCCGCCUCCUCCGGGCGCUGAAACAAAGUCUGGCCGGGCCGCCUCUGGGUGCAUGAGCGCGUCCGUGCCUGGUGGCUGGACUCCGCUGCCGGGCGUGCCAUCUCCCCUCAUGGAGCCCGACACGCGCCACGCCUUGGCGGAGGGCGCAGCUGGCAGGGAGGUUCCGGCUCCGCCCGACGCGGCGGGGGGCGAAGAAGACCCCCGGGUGGGCCCUGACACCGCCUCUGGGGAAGGCUUGGCGGUGGGCGCUGCGGGCCGGACGAGAGACCAUCGUAGCGGGGCCGAGUUGCCGGGCGCCGCUGGGGCCCCAGCCGACGGCGAGGCCAGCCUCCUGGAGACAGUGCGGGCUACCCCCCGGCGCAGCAGCAUCAUUAAGGACCCUGCAAACCAGAAAUGUGGUGGAAGAAAGAAAACUGUGUCUUUCAGCAGCAUGCCUUCAGAAAAAAAGAUCAGCAGCGCAAGUGACUGUAUCAGUUUCAUGCAAGCUGGCUGCGAACUGAAGAAAGUCCGGCCAAAUUCUCGCAUUUACAACCGAUUUUUUACUCUGGACACAGACCUCCAAGCUCUCCGCUGGGAACCUUCCAAGAAAGACCUUGAGAAAGCUAAGCUUGAUAUUGCUGCCAUAAAAGAGAUCAGACUUGGAAAGAACACAGAAACAUUUAGAAACAAUGGCCUUGCUGACCAGAUUUGUGAGGACUGUGCCUUUUCCAUACUUCAUGGGGAAAACUACGAGUCUCUGGACCUCGUAGCCAAUUCGGCUGAUGUAGCAAAUAUCUGGGUGUCAGGAUUACGCUACCUGGUUUCUAGAAGUAAGCAACCCCUUGAUUUUAUGGAGGACAACCAGAACACGCCAAGGUUCAUGUGGCUGAAAACAGUGUUUGAAGCAGCAGAUAUCGAUGGCAAUGGGAUUAUUUUGGAAGACACCUCUGUAGAGUUAAUAAAACAACUCAACCCUACCCUGAAGGAAUCCAAGAUCAGGUUAAAGUUUAAAGAAAUCCAGAAGAGCAAAGAGAAACUAACUACCCGAGUGACGGAAGAGGAAUUUUGUGAAGCUUUCUGUGAACUCUGCACCAGGCCAGAAGUAUAUUUCUUACUUGUACAGAUAUCCAAAAACAAAGAAUAUUUGGAUGCCAAUGAUCUCAUGCUCUUUUUAGAAGCUGAGCAAGGAGUCACCCACAUCACGGAGGAUAUGUGCUUAGACAUUAUUCGGAGAUAUGAACUUUCUGAAGAGGGGCGUCAAAAAGGAUUUCUUGCCAUUGAUGGCUUUACUCAGUAUUUGUUGUCACCAGAAUGUGACAUUUUUGAUCCUGAGCAAAAGAAGGUUGCCCAAGAUAUGACUCAGCCAUUAUCUCACUACUAUAUCAAUGCCUCUCACAAUACCUACCUGAUCGAAGACCAAUUCAGGGGGCCAGCAGAUAUUAAUGGGUAUGUUAGAGCUUUGAAAAUGGGCUGUCGAAGCAUUGAACUCGAUGUAAGUGAUGGUCCAGACAACGAACCAAUCCUUUGUAAUCGAAAUAAUGUGACAACACACCUUUCCUUUCAAAGUGUUAUAGAGGUAAUAAACAAAUUCGCUUUUGUUGCUUCUGAAUACCCACUCAUUCUCUGCUUGGGGAAUCACUGCUCCCUACCACAGCAGAAGGUAAUGGUUCAACAGAUGAAAAAGAUCUUUGGCAAUAAACUCUACACAGAAGCACCUUUGCCAUCUGAAUCCUACCUCCCUUCACCAGAAAAACUAAAAAGAAAGAUCAUUGUAAAAGGAAAGAAAUUGCCUUCUGAUUCCAAUGUUUUAGAGGGGGAAGUAACAGAUGAAGAUGAGGAAGCUGAAAUGUCCCGAAGGAUGUCAGUGGACUACAAUGAUGAGCAGAAACAAAUAUGGCUCUGUAGGGAGCUCUCUGAUUUGGUAUCCAUUUGUAAAUCUGUUCAGUACAGGGAUUUUGAACUGUCUAUGAAAAGCCAAAACUACUGGGAAAUUUGCUCCUUCAGUGAAACAGAGGCCAGCCGAAUUGCAAAUGAAUACCCAGAGGAUUUUGUAAAUUAUAAUAAGAAGUUCUUAUCAAGAAUCUAUCCAAGUGCCAUGAGAAUCGAUUCCAGUAACUUGAAUCCACAGGACUUUUGGAAUUGUGGCUGUCAGAUUGUGGCAAUGAAUUUUCAGACUCCAGGUCCAAUGAUGGACCUUAACACUGGCUGGUUUCUUCAGAAUGGUGGAUGUGGUUAUGUUCUAAGGCCUUCUAUCAUGCGAGAUGAAGUUUCUUACUUUAGUGCAAAUACAAAGGGCAUUGUACCCGGGGUUUCUCCUCUAGCCCUUCAUAUCAAGAUCAUCAGUGGUCAGAAUUUCCCAAAGCCCAAGGGAGCUUGUGCCAAAGGGGAUGUCAUAGAUCCCUAUGUUUGUAUAGAGAUUCAUGGAAUUCCUGCAGACUGUUCAGAACAAAGAACUAAAACUGUACAACAAAACAGUGAUAAUCCUAUUUUUGAUGAAACUUUUGAGUUUCAAGUUAACCUACCUGAGCUGGCCAUGAUCCGUUUUGUUGUUCUAGAUGAUGACUAUAUUGGGGAUGAGUUUAUAGGACAAUAUACAAUACCAUUUGAAUGUCUGCAACCUGGAUAUCGACAUGUACCCCUGCGUUCUUUUGUGAGCGACAUCAUGGAGCAUGUAACACUUUUUGUACACAUAGCAAUAACUAAUCGAAGUGGAGGAGGGAAGGCACAGAAGCGCAGCCUUUCAGUGAGAAUGGGGAAGAAAGUUCGGGAAUAUACCAUGCUCAGAAAUAUUGGCCUUAAAACCAUAGACGACAUCUUUAAGCUAGCAGUUCAUCCCUUAAGAGAAGCCAUAGAUAUGAGAGAAAAUAUGCAGAAUGCGAUAGUGUCUGUUAAGGAGCUGUGUGGACUUCCUCCAAUUGCCAGUCUGAAGCAGUGCCUGUUGACCCUGUCUUCUCGGCUCAUCACCAGUGACAAUACUCCCUCAGUCUCGCUUGUGAUGAAAGACAAUUUUCCUUACUUGGAGCCUCUGGGGAUGAUUCCAGAUGUGCAGAAAAAGAUGCUAGCUGCUUAUGACCUGAUGAUUCAAGAGAACCGGUUUCUCAUAGAAAUGGCAGACACAGUCCAUGAAAAGAUUGUACAGUGUCAGAAAGCAGGGAUGGAAUUCCAUGAAGAACUUCAUAAUCUGGGGGCAAAAGAAGGCUUGAAAGGAAGAAAACUCAACAAGGCAACUGAGAGUUUUGCUUGGAACAUUACAGUAUUGAAGGGCCAAGGAGAUCUGUUGAAGAAUGCCAAGAAUGAAGCCAUAGAAAACAUGAAGCAGAUCCAGCUGGCAUGCCUGUCCUGUGGACUGAGUAGAGCCACCAGCAGCAGUGCAGAUGCCAAGAGCAAGCGCAGCCUGGAAGCGAUAGAAGAGAAGGAAAGUGGUGAGGAGAACGGGAAGCUGGCCAAGGAGAUCUGUUGAAGAAUGCCAAGAAUGAAGCCAUAGAAAACAUGAAGCAGAUCCAGCUGGUAUGCCUGUCCUGUGGACUGAGUAGAGACCCAAGCAGCAGUGCAGAUGCGAGAGCAAGCGCAGCCUGGAAGCGAUAGAAGAGAAGGAAGGUGGCGAGGAGAACCGGAAGCUGUGAGCCUGAGCACCAUCAGCACAUUCACCAGUCCUUUCUGUCAAGGACUCUGUUUUCUCUGUCUGUUUUUUCUUUCUUUCAGCUUUUAGAAGUUCACAAAGGAUGCCCUCAAUGGGGUGUUGGACAUAAACAGAUAUUUUCACAAUGUCAGUGUUUUAAUGCAGUUAAUUUAUCUAAGUUAAAACUUUAGUAGCAGUGUUUUAAAAUCUAAGAUGUGUGUACACACCAGUGUGUGUAUGUGUGUGUGUGAAAUCCUGUAAAAUCUAUUCAGUGUUUCAUUAUUCACUUAGUAAAUUAUUCGUUUAUUAUUUUUGGGCAAACUUGUUCAUUUGAAAUUCUAAAGAGCACUUACUGUAACCUGUUGCUGUGUUUAAUUUUACUUCUGUCUUUGUCAUUUAAUUUAGAGGUCUUAACAUAGGUAACUAUUGAAGGAAACAAAAUUUACCAAUAUCUAGAUGUUUUGAUAGAUUAAAAUAUGGAUUAGAAAAAUUCCUAAAAAUCACAGUAGAAAUAAAAGUGAAUGAAAGAUAAAUGAUUAGAAUUUUUGGAACGAUUUGCAGUCAUUUAUUCAGUUAGUGAACUGUUUAAAAUAUUUAUUAAGUAAAUUCAAUUUUAGGAACAAAAUUUCUAUAGUAGCUUACUAACAGAUAUGAUUUCCGUUGGAAAGCUGAUCAUAAGUGAAUUUAUACCCACCUAUGUGGACUCUUAAACACAGUGGAAUUGGUGUUAUAAUUAGGAUUCUGAUAUGACAAUAACAUUCAGUUGUGAAAUUCCAGGGUUGAGAUGUGUAGGAAGGUGUUUUCUUCCAAACUGGGGGUUGUAGCAUUCAUUUUCUGUAACAGACAUUGGCGUCUGAGAAGUCUUGGCAUUGAUUAAAUUUAAUUUAAGGUACUAAAUUUACAUUUAAAGACAUUGUUCAAACAAUACUGUAUCAUCAUGUUGAGUAGAUUUAAAUUCUGUGAGUCAGAUAAUAGCUUUGUGACGAUUUAAGAACUAUCUGAUUAUACAAUGUCUGAUAUAAUUUUAACACAUGCAGAAAAACACACAAAAAAGAAAAAAUGACAAACUAAGGUACAUUUAUAAUUGCAUCUGGAUAACUUUCACCCCAAUGUCUUCAUAAACUACUCUAGUGUGAUAUGUUUGUUACCUCCAGCAGAACUAAAUGUUCUAUCGUUUUGAAAGAAUAUAUUUAUUUAAAGCGUUGCUUUUAUUUUGAAAAGCUUCUUAAUUAAUUUGGUUAACAAACAUGCUAAUUUGGGGGAAUUUAGGGAAGAUAAUUGUUGAAAUUUUGCAAUUUUAAAAAGGUCUUCUAUAGCUACUGUUAAGUUAUUCUCAACUUCUUAACACUAUUAUGGUCAUGUUGCACAUUACUGAAAGAGUAAAGAUAUGAAACAGCUUUUAUAUUGUUCUCUUUAUUAUGAAUUAAUUAAAAAAAGAAGAAGAAUGAAAAUGGGUUAUUAUAUCAAAAAUAUCUCCAAGAGUAUGCUAUUUCAAUGGACCAGAUUAUUCCCUAUAUUUGCAACUGGGUGCUUGGGAGAGGGGUGUACUAGAAACUCAUUUUGAAGCAGGUUUGCAAUGGUAAUAUAAUGGCCUGAAAAAAUUUCUUUAUCCUACGUUAUGCCUAGCCUGCCUGUGGGAGGAAAAGUGGAAUGCAGGCACCUAAGCUCCUUAAGAUAAAAACAGGUGAUACAAAGAGAAACAAAACCCGUUUUAUGUCAGCCAGUUUGUUGGUCUCUUCUGUCGACUUUUUCACCACCCUGAAACCCACUUAGAGAAAUCCAUGCCUUUACUAAUGAGAGGGAGGGGCAGAGAUGAAUGAAGAAAAUAAAUGGUGACAAACUCUCAAAGAAUGUUUACUCAUUUCUUUAUUUCAGGGUUGAAUACAAUCUUGAAAGUGGUUUCUCUAGUUUAUCCCAUUUAUCCCUGAGUUCCACUGACUGGCAUGGGUCCUACCUAUAUGGAUGUUCUCAAGAAUAGGAUACGGAGUCCACCUGAGCUAUUGGUACUUCUGGCAAUGAAUUGUCAGACAUCCUCUGCUCCAUUUGGCUGAGUUUCAUUGCUAAGGAGUGGUGUACGGGUCAGGAAGGAGCUUUAGAUACUGAAAGUAGAGGAGUUGAAAGGGUAAGACCCACAUGAUGGCCUUGCCUCUGGUUGGAAUAGUAAAAACAAAACUUCUUGCUUAUUAUGGUUUUGCUACAUUAUUACAUCCUAUGGGUGUCUGUCUCUAUGGACUUGAGCUAUCAUAGAAAAGGUCUCCUUCAAUUGAUGUGUGGUAGAUAUUAAUUCUAUUUUCACUUACUUACUUUCACAUAACCACAAAUAAUAAAGGCUUUAUCCUUCUUAUAAUAAUAAAAAAAAUAAUCAAUAUAAAAAUGCAAAAAUAGAAAAAUGUAUGAAAAAGAAAGUAAAAAACACUAUUAACACUUUUAUUUAUAUCCUUUCAGACACCUUUUAGAGUUUACACAUAGAAACUAAUGUUUUCAUGUUUAAGAAAAAGAAGAUCAUAUUGCAUAAACUGUUUUUAAGAGGCUUUUAAAAACUUUAACAAUAUAACAUAGAUAUCCUUUCAUGAAACCAAAAAACCAAGCCCGUUGCCGUCGAGUCAAUUCCAGCUCAUAGCGACCCUAUAGGACAAAGCAGAAAUGCCCCAUAGAGUUUCCAAGGAGCGCCUGGUGGAUUUGAACUGUUGACCUUUUGGUUAGCAGCCGUAGCCCUUAACCACUAUGCCACCAGGGUUUCCAUCCUUCUAUGAUAAUAAAAUAUAUACUAUAUACAUUGGAAGUCCCAAUCUUUGGACUAUAUCCAAUCCAUUGAUAACAUAUUUUAUUUAGUCACUGAAUCUUUUUCAAAACAUUUUAACCAAUGGCUAACUUUUGAAAAUUAGUAGAUUUCACAUAAAAAAAUUGUAAUUUCCUGCUUUUUAAAAAAUAUUGGAUAUUCUGACAACACUAGACACCCAUACACAUACACACAGAUCCCUUUUGCUUGGCAUCCAUUAACUGGAACUGAGUAAUUGGCUGUCUCUCCAAAUUGGGCAUGUGCUGUCCAGUUUGCCAAAGAGCCUCUGUUACAUCUGGCUCCUGUGGAGAUCUGAGAUGGUGAUCCUUGAUCCAAAUCAUCAUUUCCAAUAACUAUGAAUUACCAUACUAUAUUUAAUCAAUUCUGUUAUUUAUUUUACAUUUAUGUUACAUCUGGCCCCUGUGGAGAUCUGAGAUGGUGAUCCUUGAUCCAAAUCAUCAUUUCCAAUAACUAUGAAUUACCAUACUAUAUUUAAUCAAUUCUGUAACCUGACCCUAUGAAUGCCAGAGAAUUUUCAUUAGUCAGAAAAGACUGCCUUAAACUAGCCCAAGCCAGGUUUGGCCCACCCAACUUGCUCAGAAGGGCCAGCUGUGAUCAUUAGUUGACCUCAGUAGAAGAUGCAGCAACAGAUGGAAUGAAUCAGAAGGAACAUCAUCAUGUGGACCCCAUUCUGAAGCGAGAGGUCCGACAAGAACCACAUCACCUCUUGUUUCCUGGCCACCAUAAUUCCUGCAACAUCUUCCCUAUGUAUUCUUCCUAGAAUUUUCCCUCCCUAGUACGAUGCUGCCCAAAUCACAUAUAAGCCCUGCUUCCCCAUCAAACUAUGGGGAAAAAAAUAAUUUAAAAAAAAAAAAAUUAUUUUUUUCCCUAUAGUUUGGGGACUUGGAUCUGAGGAACUCUCUCCCAGCUCCUUGCUCUGCGGAUUGCAGUAGUUACUUCCUCUUUCUCAAAAGCUAGUGUCCAGAUUAUUGGCAAGUCUGAGCAUGUGAGACAAGGACCCCCCUUCCGGGUUCAGUAACAAUUUCUUAUUGUUAGGUUUUCUCUUCUUAGCUUCUUUUUAUAAGCAUUAAGGUAAUGAAAAUGUACUUUUACAAAGUUUUUUUCUCUAGGAUAAAUUUC